UGCCUCUCCGGGUCACCAGAGGGAAGAAGUUCCACAUUCAUUACCACUUCCCUAGCCCUACGGACGGAGACUUGCGUGUAACCAGCAGUCUUAGUGGACGCUGAAUCCACUCAUUCUCCACUAUGUCUUUCCUUACAUUUCAGAAGGUUCUCCUGGGAAGCCUCCUGGUGCUGGCUAUCUCUGUGACAUCAUGCAGUGCCCACUGCUAUAUCAUACCCCUGGAGGGAAGUCCAUAUGGCUUCCCAGCUGAAUGUAAGGAUCUUGUUGGAAUCACACACUCAGUGAACUCAAAGUGGGUGACGAGCGACUGUGAGGAAUGUGCUUGCAAAACAAAUGGAAUUUCCUGCUGCAAUACAGUUUCUAUACCUGUGGGAUAUGACAAAAACAAGUGCCAGUCCUAUUUCCACAAGGAGAACUGCACCUACACCGUGGUGGAGAUUGAGGACCCCAGAAGGUCCUGUAUUGUAGAUGCCUGGAUACUGUAAUACCUCCUCUGAGUCUGGUGUGCCCUGCCAGGCCUCCUCCAGUGUUCCCUCAUAAUCUGUAAUUGUGCAGCCCUUCUUAGCAUAAAAUUGUUUUGAGCAAACUGUGGAAUACCUGUAUUCCCUCAUAAUCUGUAAUUGUGCAGCCCUUCUUAGCAUAAAAUUGUUUUG